AUGGCGACCUCUCGAUCCGGCGCCGGCGGUAAAAUUGUCACGAAUCGCCGGAAGCAGCGGCUUUCCGCCACCCCUUACGAUCGCCCUCCACCGCAACCGUCACCACCUCCUCAGCCGAAAAGCCCUAAUUGGUUUACGGGCGUCGUUGUUCCGUCAGCUCGUUUCCUUGUUUCGGGCGCGGGGAAAAUCUUUAAUUCCAUCUUCUCCGACUCGGAAUCUUCAUCCUCUGAAGACGAUGAGUCCGCUUCAGAUGAUGAUAUAGACAAUGAGAACCUUCAUGAAAUUAUUUGUAGUGGAGUUAACACAUCAAACGAGGAGUCUCAAUUGAAUACAUGGAGUAGUGACACUAAAUGGACUAUUGAGCAGCUUAUUUUGCAGGAAACUUUUUCAAGGGAAGAGUGCGAUAAGUUGAUAAAAGUUCUAAAUUCACGGGUUGCGGUAGCUGGAGAGAAAAAUUUACCUGCUCAGAAGACGGUUGACAAUGAAGAUAUUGACAUGUACAGUAAAGCUAUUCAAGAAGCUAAGAAAUGGUUUCAAGAUAAGAAAGUGGGUUCAAGUUCGGUGGCAGAGUUGGCCCAUGAGAUCAGUAACAUUAACUCUGGACAUGUGGAAACUGGAGGUGGUUCUCCGGUAGAUGUCGCUAGAACCUAUAUGAAGGAGAGGCCACCUUGGACAUCUCCUACAAAAAGUGUUGAUUUAAGAACCCCGAUGAGGAGAAUGGAGCUUUUCAAAGAAGGAGCUUUGUAUUCGAAACGGAGUUCUAUGGUCUCUGGAUCAUGGAAUAUUCUUGAAGAACUACGGCGAGUCCGCUCAAAGGCAACGGAAGAUAUGCUGCGCACCCCACCCACCAAAGUCGAUCGAUCGUUUGCAGUUGGACAAAAUAAGGUGGAGUCUUCAGGAGCUGGUCUAAUGUUGUUUGGUAUGGGAGAGAGAAUUCCUGACACAGAGUCUUCGAGGAAAACUAAAAGAGCAGAUGCAGGAGUGAGUUCUGAACCUAACCUUGCAGGUCCAAGUCCGCACAGCACUAAUGGAGUCCCGUCGACUGAAGUGGCUGAAGCCGGCGAAAAAUUGAACUUGAAUGAUCCAUCGUCAUCUGAGCCCAGCUUUCCUGCAGGGCAAAACUCCGAGAAACAUGAAGAAAACAAUAAUACGUUUAAUACUGACAACGACCACAAUUCUGCUGAUACUUUUAAUGUGGAAGGUAAGUUUGAGCUUCCGAACGAAGUUUACACGGAGGUCCCCAUCAUAACCGAAAUCAACAGCAUGGCAAGUGGGUCUCAGAACAGCUUGGGUUUGCAGUAUGAGGAACUGGCAUUGGAUACUACUCAGCUGUACCCGGAGGAUGAGAAAGUGGCCGGGAAGCCACAAAUGAGAAAAUUGGGUAGGAACGCCCGAAGGGGCAGAGGAAGGGGGUUCAUAGCAGAAAGCAGCUCUAUGUCUCCGCCUGAGGAAGUGGAAAUUCGGUUGAGGGCUUUUUCAUUAUCAAAGGUGGAGGAUCGGAUAAUUGAUAUUGGGAAUGAAGAUGUUAAGGCGAGCAUUGAGGAAUGA